AUGAACAAUACAUCACAAUUUGAUGUGGGUAAAGCUGCACUUCAACAUCUUGAAUUACUUAAUUGUUCAAAUCAAAAUCCACUUGAAAUUGCAGCUCAAUUUCGUACACUUUUACGUUCAAAAAAAUCCAAUAAAAAUAUUCAUUCAUCCAAUAUUAAUUAUACAUAUACAGAUUAUAUUGCAGCUGAUGCAACAAUUCGAAGACGAAAACGUUCACAAAGUCUAGGUGAUCAUCAAUCAAAAUUAUUAGGUAAAAUUCAAUAUGAUCUUAAUGAAGAUCAAUCAUUACCUGAAUCAAAUUCUUCAUCUGGUCUUAUGAAAUAUCAAAAUAUAACAGAAGAUAUGUAUUUCGAUUCAAAUAUAGAUUCUGAUUCUAGUGAUUUAACAAAUUAUCAUAAAAUAUCUAAAGAAAAUAAUAAUUCAAAUCGAUUUCAAUAUCCAAUUAUUAAUUGGAAACAAUUACGUGAAAAACAAUAUGAAAAUAAAUUAGAUAAAGUGAAAAAAUUUCUUUCAACAAAAUUUAAAACAAUUCGUCUAUCAAAAAUUGAAACAAAAGAUUUAACUAUAAAUUCAUUAACAAAUAUUUCAGAUAAAAUAGAUUCAUGUACAUAUUCAAAUAUAUCAAAAUUACAAAAAAAUUCUGAAGAUAUUAUUUCAGUAGAAAAUAUUUCAUCUUCUUCUCGAAGUCGAUCAUCAUCAAAUUCAAUUCGUACACCAUCAAUAUCUCCAACCAAUUCUCCUCGAUCAACUUAUACAAUUUCACGAUUAAAUUCAACAUUAAUAAAUCAUAAUCAUGAUGAUAUACUUUUUCCAAUAGCAGAUUGUAAUCUUAUUAUUAAACAUCAACCUAUUGAACAAACCAAACGAAUUUCUCAUGUUAAAAAUUUACGCCAUGAAAAUGAACUUUUUUUAUAG